AAGUUGCUACGAGCCUUAAAGCAGCCCAUACGGGUCUGCAGGGGCAGAGAUUCGCGGUGCAGGCCCGCGGGUUAUCUUCCCUGCUCGGCGGGGCUGGAGGGAAGGGGAUCCGCGGGCACCGUGCCCUGCUCGGGUGCAUGGUCUUGCUGAGGAAAAGGCUGCGAGGAAACUGGCAGCGUAACUUGUUUUCAGCAAUGGUGUGCACCUGUGCUUCCUGCUUAUGCUAUAUAGGGUUUAAACUGGAAGAGAGGAGUCUUAAAGUGCACGGUUCAGUGUGGUGAUUUCCCUCAUCUGUUGGUGUAUGGACCAUCAGGAGCUGGAAAAAAGACAAGAAUAAUGUGUUUGCUAAGGGAACUGUAUGGUGCAGGAGUGGAGAAACUGAGGAUUGAGCAUCAGAGCAUAACGGCACCUUCUAAAAAGAAAAUUGAAAUUAGCACCAUUGCAAGUAAUUAUCACCUUGAAGUUAACCCAAGUGAUGCAGGAAACAAUGACCGGGUAGUAAUUCAGGAACUCUUGAAGACAGUAGCGCAAUCCCAACAGCUUGAAACUAGUACUCAACGAGAUUUUAAAGUGGUGCUGUUAACAGAAGUGGACAAACUCACUAAAGAUGCUCAGCAUGCUUUGCGAAGAACAAUGGAGAAGUACAUGGCAACCUGCAGGCUGAUCCUGUGCUGCAACUCAAUGUCAAAAAUUAUAGGACCUAUUCAAAGCAGAUGUCUGGCCGUACGAGUGCCUGCUCCCAGCAUUGAAGAUAUCUGCCAAGUCUUGUCCAGUGUGUGUAAAAAAGAAGGCCUGACUCUUCCUCAGGAGCUGGCUCAAAGGAUUGCAGAGAAAUCUGGCAGGAAUCUUCGGAAAGCACUACUUAUGUGUGAAUCCUGCAGAGUACAACAGUAUCCUUUUACUGCUGAUCAAGACAUUCCUGAAAUGGACUGGGAGGUUUAUUUGAGGGAAACUGCAAAUGCUAUUGUUGGACAACAAACACCACAAAGGCUUCUGGAAGUCCGUGGACGGCUUUAUGAACUCCUGACACACUGCAUUCCACCUGAGAUUAUAAUGAAGGGCCUUCUGACAGAACUUCUACAUAACUGUGAUGGCCAACUGAAAGGAGAAGUUGCACAGAUGGCAGCCUUCUAUGAACACCGCUUGCAACUGGGCAGCAAAGCCAUUUAUCAUCUGGAAGCAUUUGUGGCAAAGUUUAUGGCAAUUUACAAGAAGUUUAUGGAGGAUGGACUAGAUGACAUGAUGUUUUAACUCCAGUGCCCAAAGUCAUACACAGGAUGUUGUGUCAUGAUGCCAGUAAUGUUGCAAAUGUUUUCUGCUUGUCCAUGCUUCAUUGCUUCUGGUCUACUUCAAAGUCAAAUAUUUUAUUAUGUAGUUCCUAUAGAAGAUAGUGAACUGAAUAACAACAUUUGGUUUUAGAAACCAAAUGGAUUGUUUUGACAGCUGCAAAGUCCCUUUUAGAUACAUACAAUAUACAUUAGCCUUUUAAAUUGACAAGUUACCUUGGAAGACAUGUAAGAUAGUAGCUGCUUUGCAGUAUUUGCAAGCUGACAUUAAGAAGAGAGAAUGUGGAUUCUGCAUGCUUGCUGUCUGAUUGUUCUUGGGUAAGAUGUAUGCAAAAUAAAAAGUAUAGAGCUAGAACAAAUUACAUGCCGAAUUAGUGUUUUACACUGCCUGUGACUAGCUAGAUGAGUGCAUUCAUUUGCUUUGUGGCAUAUGCCACUCCAUUGUAAGGCUAAAGGGAGCCACUGAAGUUUAGCAAAACCAAACAAAGUAAGACAAAGGAAAGCCCUGAAAUAAAAAAAAACAACCAACUGAUACCACCUAUAACACUUUAUGCUGCAAGUCUUUCUUGUUAUGCCUAUGUAUUAUGGUGGCCUGAAAAGGAAUGAGUUUAUGCCCUUUGUUCCUUCACUUUGCUAAUUCAGUCUAUUGCUAGUUUGUAUAUAAAAUGAAUUAAAUUUUGUUUUCCAUGGCUGC